AUGUGUUGCCUGCCCGUGGCGGCCAUCGUGGCUCUCCUCUGCCUGGCGUCACCGAUCCACAGCACGAGCAGCCCGCAGGCCGGCCUGAGGCAUCGGCAGGGCAGCUUCGCGGUGGCCUUGUACCGCGCCAUUGCCGCAUCCCGCGCUAAUGCCAACCUGGUAGUGUCGCCAUCGGGCACGGCCACAGCCCUGGGCCUGCUGCAGCUUGGCGCCCGGGGCGACACCAGGGCCCAACUGGUGGCCGGCCUGGGCUACGACGUCAACGAUGUUCAAGUUCGCGAGCUAUUGCUGCAGUGGCAGGCUGAGAUGAACAAUAGCAGCAGUCCAAAAGCGUCGAAAGAGGCGGGGCUACAACACACGUGCGUUCUAUUGGUGCAGAGCGGCAUCAAGCUAGCAGCUGGAUUCAGGCAGAAUGUGGAAGCUUGGGCUGAUGUCAGCGUGAUGAGAGAUAACCAGCAGCAGAGCAACAACACACGCAGAGACGAGGUGUGGCUCCCCAUCCAAGCAGGAAGUAGCAGCGGGGACUUGUCAGGAUCUGGUGAAGUUCAACAGGCCGAGGCUUCGGCGUCGUUAGCAUUGUGGUCACCUGGCCAGCAGAUGGCUCUGCUGAGCACGGUGGCAUUCAGGGGCGUGUGGCAAAAGCAGUUUCAUGCCAUAAACACACACAACCUUCACUUUCUGCUCCUGGACGGCACUACCGUCAAAGUACCCAUGAUGCAUCAGGCUGCCGAGGUGCGGUUUGGUCAGUUUCAGAUGCCAUCCUCCCAAAGGUACUCGGUCCUGGAUCUUCCCUACUCUGGUCAGUCCCUGAGCCUCCAGGUGGUCCUCCCUUGGGACCGUAAGACACCUCUGUCCUCGCUAGAAGCCCAGCUUAGCUACCGCCACGUGGCUUCCUGGGACGUCGGCCUACGCAGAACCAAGAUGGACGUCUUCCUGCCAAGGUUCAAGUUGCACAACAAGUUGAACUUAAGGUCCACGCUUCCCACCAUGGGAAUUGGAGAUGCUUUCAACCCGACAGAUGCAGACUUUUCGGGGAUGUCGGCAGAGGACUCACUUUACGUGUCUGACGCCUUCCACGAUGUCACCAUCGAAGUCACGGAGGAAGGAACCAAGGCGGCCGCAGCCACGACAAUGAUGCUACUGAAGCGUUCCCGCUCUCCUGUCUUCAAAGCAGACCGACCUUUCUUGUUCCUGGUGAGACAUGUAAAAACAGGCUCCAUUUUGUUUAUGGGCCGACUGAUGAAUCCCACCGACCAAUCACUUUGA